UGAAAAGAAAAAAUAAAAAACCUAUGAAAAGAAAUAAUUGAAAAUUUUUGUGAAUGUGUGUGUGUGUAUGAAGAAAAUUUAAAUAAUCAGGUGUUGAAAGUUAAGCAAAAAAUAAGAGAGUAACAAAAUUACCUACCUUUGACCCAUUGGGCUGCGUGACAAGUGCAUUAUUUUCUAUUGGAUACCAACUACCUGGACCAAACCUUGAGGCCUGCCUGCCUGCCUACCUGUUGCCAAAGGUGUAAAAGUGUUUAUUUUUUUCAAUGGGUGCGCUGGAUGGAUGUGCAUCGGAGUAUCUUUUCCAUGAAGGUUAAUUGUUAACAUCUGGUUACACCCAACUAACCAGCCAAGCGUGUGCAUCGCGCAUCGUGUCUUUUGCGGCUUAAAACCUACAUCUACAUCUUUCCCAUAAGAGUUAUUCCAAGUAAAUGCAAAAUACCACGAAAAAGGCUUAGAGAACAAGUCUCCCCACCUCACCCGCAGAUCGUCAGGUGAUUUUCUAUUUAACGUGAGCCAGCCAGCCAGUCGGCCAGCCAGCGUGUAUGUCAAUGCCAAAGCAAAUACAUCGAGUGGAACGAACAAGGUAUUCUCAUACCGGACUCGCUCUCUCUCCGCCAAACUUCAAACUACUUUGGAUACUUUGUUUCACAGAGGAGAUACCCCGAAACUUACUCUGAGAAGAGAUAUUAGACAACUAAAUCUCAAGAGGCCGACUCUCUCUCUAUCUCUCCCUAAGUCGUUGGAAUAACUGAUAACUGGGAGUCAAAGCUUUAUACGGUUUAAAGAAUAUAAAACCGUAUGUGAGAGUAACGAGAUACAAAACAACAGCAACAACAAAAAUAAUAACAAACAUAUAGUGGAGUAAAAAAACUAUCUGAAAACAAAAUAACAAAAACAACGUGACCAGUGACCGGUUUUUUUGCAAUUAAUUUAAAAAUUGUUUACAUACACCACAAACGUGGUCGAAAAGGGGCAAAGAUUGAACACAGACCGGUGGAUAAAAGUGUGUAAGGUCCAAGAGCAAGAAAGAAAGGCUUUUUUGCACAUGGCCUAUUAAGAAACAAAAACAAAAAAAAAAAAAAAAACACACCUCACAGCAAGGAGGAAUUCCAACCAGAACAAAAAAAUUAAAUAAAAAAAACCAACGAAGAUACUUUUUGGCGCCCAACAUCAUAAUCAUCUUCAUUGUUAACAUCUUCUUCUCUCCCUAAACACAAAAAACGGAAAGAAAGCAGCAAAAAAUCGCAAAACAACAACAAAAAUAUGAAGAAUUUUCAAAUCUAAAGAAAAAAAGCCCACCAUUCAUAUUUGAAAGAAGAAGGAGAAAAAAUACCAAACACUCGUCGUAGCAAAAAAAGUUGUUUUUUUUUUAACAUAACCUCAAAAGUUCGCCGGUCAAUCAUGACACUGGAAUUAAGGAUUUUAUCAACGGCGCUACUUGUUUUAGUAGCCGGUGUCUUAAUGACCCACUCGUUCAACUUGGAAAGUCGCCUGCCCAUUGUUAAAUUCAAUGCAAAUCCAACAUCGUAUUUUGGCUAUUCAAUAGCCACGCACACCGUGGGAGAAUACAAUUGGCCAAAUAACACUAAAUGGCUUCUUGUUGGCGCACCCCUGGACAAAAAUCUACAGCCGGGCACCAAUCACUCGGGUGCCCUGUACAAAUGCCCCAUAACACAGAAUUACGAUGACUGUGAACAGGUUGUAACCGAUGGCCGAAGAUCGCCUGAAGGAGUCUAUGAACCUACAUACGAUAGCGAUGAUGUAGAGGAAUUAAUGGAACCUUCUGAGGAUGAAAUCAAAGAGGACCAAUGGCUGGGUGUUACCGUCCGGAGUCAAGGUUUAGGCGGCAAGGUUUUGGUCUGCGCCCAUCGUUACAUAACGAAAGUACGCGAUAAUCGUUAUGGCCAAGGUCUAUGCUAUGUGCUGACCAAUGAGUUGAGUUACGAUGAAGUUUAUGAGCCAUGUAAAGGUCGUACUGUGCAAAGAGCCCAUGAAGAUUAUGGUUUCUGUCAGGUGGGCACCUCUGGCGCCUUGUUGGAUGACAACACCAUGGUGCUGGGUACCCCCGGGCCCUACACAUGGCGUGGCACUGUCUUUGUAACAGAAAUUGGUGGUGAAUAUUUGGAACGUGAUAAGAACAUGUACUAUGGUGACCAUUCGGAUACCUCCACGAUAGAGAAAUACAGCUACCUGGGUAUGGCCGUUACGGGAGGACGUUAUUUUGGUGAGCGCAUGUCUUAUGCGGCUGGAGCACCUCGGGCAAAUGGCCACGGUCAGGUGGUCAUCUUCGAUAAGGAUAAUCGUAACCCCAUACCCAUACACAUGGUAAUUGAGGGAGAACAAUUUGCCUCCUCGUUUGGCUAUGAACUGACCACGGCCGAUGUUAACGGUGAUCAGAAACCAGAUUUGAUUGUGGCUGCCCCAUUUUAUUUCAACAAAUCCGAAGGAGGAGCUGUGUAUAUUUAUCAAAAUGUCAAUGAUAAACUGCCUUACAAAUACACCCUCAAGUUGACGGGGACGUUUGAGAGUCGCUUUGGUUUGGCCUUGGCCAAUAUUGGAGAUAUUAACAAGGACAACUGCGAAGAUUUGGCCAUUGGAGCGCCCUAUGAAGAUGAUGGUGUGGUGUAUAUUUAUUUGGGCAGCCGUAACGGUUUGAGUGCCAAACCCUCUCAAAGAAUACAGGCCUCCGAUUUGGGGCUGAUGCCAAAGGCGAUACAAACAUUUGGCAGUUCCAUAACCGGUGGCACUGAUUUGGAUGGUAAUUCGUAUCCUGAUAUUGUGGUGGGAGCCUAUAACUCUUCGGCCGUGGUGGCUUUGCUGUCAAGGCCCAUUAUUAGCAUACAAACCAAAUGGAGGGGAAAAGAAUUGAAAAACAUUGAUCCCACCAAGAGUGGUUGUGUUUCGGAUGCUUUCAGCAAUUUAACUUGCUUCACCUUUGAGGCCUGCUGUUCCAUUGACCCCUAUGAGGCCACAGCGGCAAAUAUCGAUUUGAAACUUAUGUACACCGUUGAGGCGGAGACGUUUGCACCCAAUAAGAAAUUCUCUCGGGUCUUUUUCGAUCGUGAGAAUAAACGCAGCAAUGUCAUAAAACGUGAAGUCACCGUGAAAACAGAUGGUCGUUUGUCAUGUCACCGGGUGAUAGGUUAUAUUAAGGAGAAUACACGAGAUAUCCAGAGUCCAAUUAAAUUUAAACUUAACUAUACCUUGGUAGAGACAAAAUUACCCGAUUCUGGGCUAAAGGGUUUGAACCCGAUUUUAGAUCAAACCCAGGCUAAUAUUGAGUUUGAGGGUACCUUCCAAAAGGAUUGUGGUGAUGAUGAUAUUUGUGAGUCGAAUUUGAAAUUGAGUGCCGAACUGGAUUUGAAUAUGGAGAAUGAAAACUAUGCCUUGGUUUUGGGUGAACAGGAAGAGAUUCGCGUGAAUGUUAAUGUCAGCAAUUCAGCCGAUUCGGCCUAUGAGACCCAGCUGUUUAUUGUGCAUCAAAAGAGUGUGGCUUAUAUUGCGGCCAUUAAGACGAGCACCGCCAUUUGCAGUCGUUUCAAUGAAACUGUGGUAGCCUGCAGCCUGGGCAAUCCCAUGCGCCGCGGCACAGCUGCCCAGGUCUCAAUACGUUUCGACCCCAGCGGCCUGGAGUUGGAUGAACGCAACUUAACAUUCGAUAUUUUUGCCAAUACCACUUCGAAGUUGGUGGGCUCCGAGAAACCGGCCAAGAAAUUAGAUGUACGAGUUAUUAAGAGAGCGGAAUUGAGUCUCCAAGGUUGGGCCCGUCCCGAACAGAGCUUCUACAGUGGUGAAAUGCGUUUGGAUAGCACCAUGAUGACAAUGGAAGAUAUUGGCUCACAAGUGAUGCAUACCUAUCAGAUCUACAACGAAGGCCCAUGGAAGGCACCCAAAGUCCAGCUGACCAUCUAUUGGCCGCAUCAAAUCCAAAGCGAAAAAGACAAACGCGACAAAUGGCUGUUGUAUCUGGAAGAAAUGCCGAUAAUCGAUAAUGUACGACAAGGCGAAUGUUUCGUUGCACCCGAAUAUGUAAAUCCCCUCAAACUUCAAUCGAAAUCGAAAACGAACCUCAUUGUCGAUGAUUUGCUGUUGGGACCAGCACCGUAUAUGAUGAGACCGUUGAACAAGACACAAUUCGCCCAUCGUAUGUAUAUGGAAAAGUCGUCAUAUAGCAGCAGCAAACAAGAGGUAACAAAUGAAGAAUCUAGCAUAGGCGGUGUACUGAAUCGCCUGCGACGCGAUACACUGACACGUAUUAUACGACCGGAACGUUUUAUGGAUUUCCGUGGCGAUCACAAGAACAAGAAACGUGAAAUUGUCGAAUUGGAUUGUACCAAGGCGACGGCACAGUGUAUUAAAAUCCAGUGUGAUAUCUAUAACAUGCCAGCGAACACGGAGGCCUAUGUACAUAUUAAGGCCCGUCUUUGGAAUUCAACACUGGUGUCCGAGCAUCCGCGAGCCGAUGCAGUGCGAAUUAUUUCAACGGCUCACGUUGAAAUACCCAGGGAAUUUAGUGUGGAACAGACGCAGACGUCAGAGCCACUGACGGUGGAGACACGUGCCUAUCCCGAAUUAAGCGGUCAGCAGCGUGACACAGCCACACCCCUGUGGAUUAUCAUAUUGGCCAUAAUUGGAGGCCUGCUGCUGCUGGCGCUCUUCACCUAUGCCAUGUGGAAGUGUGGUUUCUUCAAGCGCCGAAGACCGGAUCCAACGCUUAGCGGAAAUUUGGAGAAAAUGAACGAAGAGAAGCCAUUCUUAAAUUCAUCACAGAAAAAUAAUCCUCGCGGUUUCUAACAAGAAGGGACAGUUGGGUGGGAUUUAAUGCAGCAACAGAAAUUGAGACCGGAAACGGUUGAGCCACCCAAAAAUUGCUGUAGCAAAACAACAAAGAAGGAUAGUGAUACUUAUGAUUUUUGGCAAACAUUUCAACAAGAGAAUAAUAACAAUAACAACAACAAUAAUAAUAAUAAUAACAAUAAUUACAACUAUAAUAGUUGUAAUAUAGACAAUGAGGCCAGUGUUAUAGACUGGGGCUCUUUGUAGGUCCAUUAAAACAAAAAAUCCAAGAAGCCGGGAAGCCAUAUUAUCCUCCCCACUUCAUCUAAAAAAAACACCCUAUCUUCAUAACUUCACUACUCCCAGAUACCCAAGUAACAAAAACAAAAUUGUUCUUUUCUUUUUAAGUUAACAAAUUUUGUUCACCUGUGCCAUUUUUACCAGGGGGGGUCAUCAACAAGAAUACGCUAAUAUUUUUUUUUCAAUGUAACACAGCAGCAAUCGAAUUACUUAAUUUAAAACAAACACACACCCACACCAUAUUUCAUUUGUUUAAGUAAAUUUUGUAUAUAUUUUUUUGUUUGGUAUUUUUUUAAAAAUUAUUGUUAAGCUAGACUUAUUCUUUACAUUAAAAAACAAAAACAUAAACACGUUUCCACUUAGGUUAGCCUAGCUGAAAAUGGGAAAUUUUCUAAAAAUUUGUCAUUUGUUUAUUUAAACAAUUUGCUUAGAUCAAAGAAAAAAAAAAGAAAAACAAACACACACAACCAACAAAAGCCUAAUUUAAAUAAUUAAUUUAAGAUAAAUUUGUUUUGUAAAAAAAAUUAGUCUGUAUUUUGUAAUUUUAUAUAUGUGUAGUAAUUAGU